CGAUGAAAUGAAACGCACUUAAAUUGGCAUUUCACGAAAUUCUCCCCCCUAAUCAGACGCGAAAUUAGGUGUCGAUCACUGAUUAGGCGAAAAUAGCUGAUGAAUCGGUUACAAAAGGUCCGCGAAACGUACAGGCUAUGUUCAAUGAGAUUCAUAUGACGAUGCAAAUUGCUCGGUCGCCGACUACCGAAGGCCACAGUCGGAGAAGUCGGAGGGGGUGAACUCAGAAUAGGGACCUGAAUGUGAGGCGAAUUUGUGAAACUUCUUAAGUUUUCAAGUCUGGGUAUGGAAGAGGUAUCAGAAAGGUCAGAGCUGCGCAGAAUGCAAAGGGAGCAGGAAAGAGAAAGGCGCCGGAUGCGGGACAGGCAAAGAAGACAGUCAAUGACGCUUGAGCAGAGGGAGAAACAUCUUGCCAGGCGUCGUAGAAACUAUCAAUUGAGAAGACUAAGAGCUGAAAGUGCAAGGUCAGGUUCUCAAACUGGACAAGCCGGCAUGGUGAGUAGAGGUGAAACAAUCACAAGCGAUGAACAUCAAGCAGUAACUUCUUUUUCAGGACUGAGUGUCAAGUGCAAUGGUGUCACUCAUGUUGGAACUAAUAAAGAUGAAGAAAACCUAACUGUUGACUGCAAAGAGUCCGAGGGUUUGGAAGCUCUAGCUUACAAAGGAACUAAUUUUCCAAGAAGGCUACGGCUAAGUCAUAUAAGACAUCUUGCAAGAUCAUUGAAUAAUUCUAUGGGUGAGCUUGGUGGCAACCACCAAAUGGUGGAGGCAGUCAUAACCAAACGGGAUGUUGCUAGUAACUGUUUGCAAGUUGGACGUUCUGAUUCUGGCAUAUCGCCACAAAGUUUACGUUUGAAUCGUGUCAAGCGUCUUGCUCGUACAUUCAACAAUUCUGCAAAUUCUGCUACAAGAGAGGCUAGUGAUCAAGACCACAGAAGUGCCACAGAAGGACAAUCGUCUGUCAUUGGCUAUCGAAGAGAGGGAACCUUUUACUUGGUCAUGUGCACAAAUGAUGUUUUCUUAGCUUUUCUUAACAGGUUCUUGAUUGUAGAAAUUGUUGCAGGACAGAGAAAACAAGAAAGAAUUAUCCGCGGGCAUAGAUUAAUUGUUGGACAAGUCUGCAUGAUGUUACAAUUACAUUGACUGUAGGAAAAACCAGAGACUGAAAGCUUUGAUACUGCCACCCAGCAGCUGGGUGAAUUGUUUCGGUUUCUUUUAACAAAUCUAGGAAUUUUGGGUGCAUUGAUUUACACAGAUUUACUGAUAUGCCAAUGUUUAAUUGGUUUUCUGGGUUGAUUCGUGCUCUUGGAUAUGCUGUAAAUGGCUUACUCUCAUCAGCUGUAUGUGUUGCCAGGCCUUGAACCAUAUCUUAUCAGUGCCCCCCGCCCGCCCCGCCCCUACCUCCUUUAGAUUUCACAAUUAUCUGUAUUGUAUUCUAAGAUCAUCUUUUCCAUAUACUUCUGGGUCAUUUAUUUUUCCACAUUUAACCUAUGGCUCAAAGUGAAGCGAGUAUUGACCAUGUCAAUGUAUGUACAUGAUAUUUGAUUAAAACAGCUUUUACCUACUUCUUUUCCAUUUUUUUGAACUGUUGUCCCUAAAACCUCUUCACUUAUCUUGUAAGCUGUGGAACUUUCUGAGCUGCGAUUCUCUCGGUAGAAUUAUGGGGUUCAAAGGCCUGUUUACAAACAUACAGUUAUGAGAAACAUCAAUUUGCUGAUUUGGGUGGCAAUCUAGAUUAAGAUCAUCAGCCUCUGGUUUGGGUGGAUUUUGUCUUCUUUGGCAUUGAGGAGGCUGUGUACCCAUAAAUAUCCUUAUCAUAAAUAUAUUAAACAAUUUUUAGAGGUCCAAAAUUCGUAUCAGAUCAUUGACAUUCUGAAAAUUAGCCUCCUUAACCUGUCUGCUCAUGUCUGGUUCACUA